ACAAGAAGAAUCGCGUUUGGGAGAAGAGAAAAUCGCAGGGAAAAUGAGCGGAACGGUGAAGAAAGUUACGGAUGUAGCAUUCAAGGCCGGGAAGAGCAUCGAUUGGGAUGGAAUGGCGAAGCUUCUCGUCACCGAUGAGGCUCGCAAGGAGUUCUUUAAUCUUCGUCGCGCUUUCGACGAGGUUAACUCCCAACUGCAAACCAAGUUCAGCCAGGAGCCAGAGCCCAUAGAUUGGGAUUAUUAUAGAAAAGGAAUUGGCACUCGUUUGGUGGAUAUGUACAAGGAGCAUUAUGAAAGCAUAGAGGUCCCCAAGUUUGUUGACAAUGUGACUCCUCAAUAUAAGCCUAAAUUUGAUGCACUGUUAGUUGAGCUUAAAGAAGCAGAGGAGAAAUCUGUGAAGGAGUCUGAGCGUUUGGAAAAGGAGAUUGCUGAAGUACAAGAGUUGAAGAACAAGAUUAGUACCAUGACUGCAGAUGAGUACUUUGCCAAGCAUCCUGAGCUGAAGAAGAAGUUUGACGAUGAGAUCAGGAACGAUUACUGGGGCUAUUGAUUUCCAAAACUUCCGAGUGUAGAAAAACCGUCAGAAGUUGAUGUUUUCCUUGCUGGUUUAAUAAAUCACACUGAUUUCUUUGUAACUCAGUUCUCUUUUUCAGUUGAAGGGAUCUUCAUAUACCCA